AUGGCUCCAGAUCCUGCGUCGAUAUCACCUAUCUCGAUAUCGCCGUUGUUGAAACAGCUGGUAGCCCACGCUCCAGUGAUAGAAAAGGAGAUAGAUGCGGCUAGGCUGCUGAUCUAUGAUGAGCGUCUCUCACUAGCCCAGAAGUCUCUGUUCUUCGCCCUGUUGAAGGCAAGGGGUCACGAUCUGAAUGAGCUUGAGUAUCGGCUUCUCGAACAAUGCAUAGAGGAUACUCCUCCAGAUGGGUAUUACAUUUCGAUCGCCUCAGUCUUGCGAAAGCUAUUAGAUCCUGGCAACAUGGAAGAUGGCCAGGCAACCGCAGAUGAGAUAGCGGAUGCAGUUGGUAUUAUAUUCGAAAAUCGACUCGUAGUGGCGCAAUGCUCGCUUCUGCUGGGGUUACUAGCAUAUACAUGCCAAGACCGGGAUCCUGUGGUGCUAGCAAAGGUCGCCGAGGAGAUGAUGGCAGCUGCCGAACAUGUUGAAACUGGGGCGCUGCAUGCAGCGACAAGCAAAGUACAGCGAUCCAAAGGAAGAUAUGAGGGUGGCCUCUGUGAUAUAGUCGGAACUGGCGGAGACGGUCACUCCACCUUCAACGUUUCAACCACCGCCUCAAUCAUUGCCUCGUCGUCCUUGUUGAUUAGCAAACACGGAAACCGAGCCUCAUCGUCCACAUCUGGAUCUGCGGAUCUCUUGCAGUCAAUACCCCCGGAAGCCCCUGAUAUCGAGGCUGUCACAUCGCAGACUUUACCCUUUAUUUACGAGAAUUCGAGCUAUGCCUUCCUCUUCGCACCCAUAUUUCAUCCCGGCAUGAGACAUGUGGCCACAAUUCGAAAGAAUCUUGGCAUAAGAACAAUUUUCAAUGUUAUCGGUCCCCUUGCCAACCCAGUUGGGGGUGCGAUAGAAGCAAGAGUUGUUGGCGUGGCUGAAAAAAGUAUGGGUCGGGUUUACGCAGAAGCGCUACGCUUGUCUGGUGCCAGAAAAGCUUUGGUGGUCUGUGGGGCUGAGAAUCUUGAUGAAAUCAGUUGCGCCGGCAAGACAUACUGUUGGCACCUCUUUGAAGACAAAGAAAAUAUCAGGCUAGAACAAUUCGAGCUCGAACCUGCCGACUUUGGCUUGCCGGCGCAUCCCCUAUCCGACGUUGCUGGGGGAAAACUCCCGCACGAAAAUGCUAACUUCUUGGUGAGCUUGCUGAAGAACAAGCUCACGCCUGAUGAUCCCAUCUUGCAUUUUGUUCUGAUGAACACAGCUGCGCUUUUUGCCACAUCAGGCAUCUGCGAAGAUGAUGAAGGGCAAGAGAGGAACGGCUUUGCGAAGGCCGAUGAAGUCAUCACCGAAAGGGGCCCAGGAGGGCAAAGGUGGAAGGAAGGAAUUCGUCUUGCGCGUAAGGCAAUAGAAAGUGGGGCAGCUUUGGAAUCUUUGGAUCGUUUCAUCGAGGCCACUCGUAGAUGUAGUGAUACCCAAUAA